UUAAUUGAAUUAUAUCUGUUACUGGUUGUCAGAUUAGUAAUAGUGAUUUGAGCCAUUAUUGUGUUCGGUUGUCAAUGAAAAUCAAAUCUCUACCGUGGUGUGGAAGAUAGCAUACCGAAUGUUCCCCGUGAAGCGUUAUUUUAAAACUGAUUUUCACUGUCGAUCCCGCUUUCCUAUACUUUAGAUAUUGGACUUUUUAUGGAAAUAUAUAUAAUAAAUUAAUAACUCAUGUACAUCAACGAUUUGUAUACCUUAUAAUAUUUGAAGGAAGUCAUUGAAAUCGAUGAAGUUAACCAAUUUUCGCUGUUUGCAGCUUUAGGUAGCAUUUCAGACAUCGUCCAGCAAUUUUGCCUCAUGAUUUUCAAAAACUGAUGAAUACAUUUUUUUAAUUGUUCAUUUUGGUAAAAUGACCCUGUUUACUAUAAUUUUGAACCUCACAUGACGACCGCGGUAACUAUUAACGCGCUAGACGUUUGACUGGAUAUCAUAAUAUGGUGACGGACAACGCUGACAACGUCACCGACCGUUGAUAGUACCGCCACCGCCACCGCCGAUGCACGCCACUGUUUUACAAGCUCGCGAACCAGAGGUGCACACGGACAGACCGCGUGCGGCCGUAGUCACUGCGCAGUGUUGUCGCCGCCACCGUCAUGACAGCAGUAUCGUCCACGUACUUUUGGUCAAUGCUCGUUUUCACGAUGGUCCACAACACCAAAGAAAUACUAUUCAGUGAUACGCCAAAAUUCAGCGACCGUAUGGAUAAUUUAACAGUAACUGUCGGUCGAGACGCGAUCCUCGAAUGCGUCGUAGAAUCGCUGUCGACAUACAAGGUUGCUUGGUUGAGAGUGGACACUCAGACGAUAUUGUCCAUUCAAACGCUCGUAGUGACGAAAAAUGACCGGAUGGAAGUAACGCACACAGACCGCAGAGUGUGGAGAUUACACAUCAGAAACGUACGACAGACCGACCGCGGAUUUUAUAUGUGCCAGAUAAACACGGACCCCAUGAAGAAUCAAAUCGCGUAUCUUGAUGUAGUAGUGCCUCCAGAUAUUCUAGACUACCCAACUAGUUCAGACAUGGUAGUGCACGAAGGUAGUAACGUGACGUUACAAUGUGCUGCUACAGGAUACCCAAGUCCAACGAUAACAUGGCGAAGAGAAGACAAUCAUAACAUCGUGAUUUCUAACACAUUAACUGUUGCAGUAGUGGAUAGUUCGACGCUUACCUUUCACCGUGUGACGAGACAACACAUGGGUUCAUAUCUUUGCAUUGCUUCCAAUGGCGUGCCACCAACAGUCAGCAAGCGCAUUACUCUGAUCGUCCACUUCGCUCCCAUGGUCUGGAUUCAAAAUCAACUAGUCGGUGCUUUUGUGGGAGAUCGAUUGUCUAUAGAAUGUCACGUUGAAGCAUUUCCAAAGUCUAUAAAUUAUUGGUCAUCAGAAAACGGAAAUUUACUAACACAAGGAGAUAAUUAUGAUACAACGUUAAAAGAAAUUAAUUAUAAGACAGAAAUGAGAUUAACUAUAAAUCAAAUAAAUGAAGAACAUUUUGGCACAUACCAUUGUGUUUCAAAAAACUCUUUAGGUGCAACGGACGGGACUAUCAAAGUUUAUAAAUUGCCAGGAAAAAACUGGAACAAUAAUUAUCAAACAUCUGUGACGGCUUCAAACAACGGCCUGCAGCAUAUAACAGGGUCCACAUCUAAUAGAGAAGAGAAAAACAACUGUGUAUCGAUCAAUCCUAAUGCUUCAGUUAUGUUUUAUUGUAUUCUCUUGUGCGGAAUACUGUUAUCCAAAUCUUCGUAAGCGUUUAUCAAAACGAAACGUUAUUUUUUAUGAAAAACAGGGUACCAUAAGUAUGUAAAGUUUGUAUAUUGUUUAUGGUAUAGUGUGUAAUUUAUUAGCUGUCAAUACCUUGUUAACUACGCAUAAUAUAUAUUAUAAGAUAUACAUAAUAUAUUAUAUAACAAUAAUAGUAUGAUGAUUAUAAAUUUAUAACGGUGAGUUAUUUUCUAUAGAAAACAUCUUAAAUUUUAUUUAACAAUAUUAACGGAUUUAUAAGACGUAUUUUAACAAGAAAACAAGAUUCGUAGUGUGUCAUAUAUUAUGUAAAUAAACUGUCAAAUAGAUAUUGCAAUUAUACUAACAAUCGCAAUAAGACUAACACGAUUUGUAUUACCUAACUUAAAAUUAUUUUGUUUGGACAUUGUUCGCGAAUAAAAUGUAUCUGUACUUCCAGCCUUCGGUAGGAAUAAAAUGUUAAAAAUUGUUUUUGGAUAAGGUACCUAUUAUGCUGUAUAGCUUGUAAUUCUAUAUAUUUCAUAGAUCACAAGUUUUAUACAUAAUAUAACUUAUAAGUACUUAGGUACCUAAAUCUUUAUAAGAAAUACGUAUUUUUAGUUGACUUAAUUGUUACCAAAUAGAAAACAUUGACCAAAUAUGCCAUUGUUAUAUUACGAUUUAUGAUAACAGAUAAGUAAAAUGUUCACCGUGCGGAAACGUUUCAAUACAAGCUGAUGAAACUAUAUACGUAUUUAUUUAAUAAUAUUAUUAUUUAUUGUUACGUUUUUUAUGUAGGUAUACAAAAUAAGUCUUGAAUUUUUUUUUCUCUUAUUUUAUUGUUAUAUUAAAUCAUCAAUACCUAUUAUUAAUAUAGUUCGUUAUUACUUAUUAA